AUGCUGCAGGCGAGAUUGGCGCCCAUAGCGGCAGUCGGGUUCAGAAUAUUCGGGUACGCGGGCGGUUUAGUUCUUUCACGGUUUGCGACCCUGUCGCCGUCCGCUUUGUCCUCAUUCUACCCUUCCAAAUCGCUAAUCCAGCUGUACCAUGCUGUGUCUAUUCUGCCCAGUCUCAUAUCAGUAAUAAUAUGGUGGCUCAUGCUGGACAAGUCGCCUCUAGUUCUAACCACUGGUCUCGCUCGCAUUUUGGCAGCUGCUCUGUCCGUGUACAUAACCGCUUCUGACUCGGUGAGCUGGCAUGGUAACUCUGCCGCACUAUACGUCGGUUUAACCCUACUAUGGAUGUAUAUUCUUUCCCGUCACAAUUGUCCUCUGCAAAGAACGCGUGGAAAAAUCGGUGCUGCCUAUCUUGUGGUCCUUUUCCUUUUCAUGCAUUUCCAGGGCCACUACCUCAGCGGGGGUGACGGCUAUGCUACAGUAGUUUUUUUGAGAUUGGUCCAGAUCAGUCUGGACAUUGUGUUUGAAAUUCUAGCAUACAACGACUUUAGUGGAGUUCUACUGGGAGUUGGGUAUUCGAAAAAAUACGACGUGUAG